AUAAUACAUUGGAUUUGUUAUUGUUGCGAGUCAAUCAUAAAAGCUAUCUAAAGACAACUCUUAAAAGUGCAAUAUAGUAGAUAGAAACUUAAGGCUGUGAUCAAAAGCCAAUCCUCAUGUGUUGCCCUGGCAACCGGGCGCAAACAAACGAAAUCGGGAAAUCUCAAUAGUUCUCUUCGCCGCUUAGUAAAAUGUUUAUUCUCGACCGAAUACUGCCUUUUAUUUUUAGCUAUAUAAGGCCCUUUAUAAAGUGGUUCCUGCACGCCUUCACCAGGCUCUCGGAGCUCCAGAGGAUUUGCUAUGGAGCGAGAGCGGGAGCCAGUCGGACCAGCCAGGUGGAAAGGUCCCUCACAUUGUCCAAAAGGCCGCAGAUACGACGACUUGUACUUGACCUUGAUGAGGCGGCGCCAUAUGUGAGCGACGCGGAGCUGCUGGAUUUCGCUCCUCGCGCUGCUCGCAUUGUGAUGCACGCGAAACGCAUCAAGAACAAUGUGCACCCAGACUUCGCCCGGCUCUUCGGCACAUGCGUGACGAGUAUCUGGGGCUACCGCAGACUGAUGCAUCAGGUGGAACAGCUGCGGGCGGAGAAAUACGACUCGGAUAACCUCGACCACGAGCAAAAGCUGUUGCGAUUGUGGCAACUGCUGAUGCCAGACACUCCCCUCACCGGUCGCGUGACCAAACAGUGGCAGGACAUCGGCUUCCAGGGCGACGAUCCGAAGACGGACUUUCGGGGAAUGGGCAUGCUCGGGCUGGAGAACCUGCUCUACUUUGCCACUGCCUAUAACGACGCCGCCAAACAUGUGCUGCUGCACUCAAUGCAUCCCACCCUGGGUUACACCUACGCCAUUGUGGGCAUUAACCUCACCUCCAUGGCCUUCAAUCUAGUGAAAACGGGCGCCGCCAAAACCCAUUUCUACAAUUUGGUGGUGCAGCACAGGCAGGACUUUAGCACCGUGGAGGAUUUCCACAAGUUGUACUGCUAUCUGUUCUUCGAGUUUGACCGCUUUUGGAUGGAGAGCGACCCGCGAAACAUUAUGGACUUCCGCGAGAUUUACCAGGCAUUUGAAAUUACAAAACUAGAGGCCUUGCACAAUGAUAGCACUAUUUUUAAGACCAAUUUGGUUGUAGAAUCCGUCUAAAAACACGAAUAGGUCAAUUAAUGUGGAAAUGAAUUUGUAUCUCGCUGUAUCUGAAUAAUUUCUAACUCUGACGAUAUUGAAAUUGAAUGAAUCAGAUCAGUUUUAGACCAUUUAUGUAAAUACAUGUUUAGAGUGCGGCGAAAUAAAAUAAUUAUCUUUACACUUGUCAUUUUUCAA